AUGCCGGUGGCGUCAGAUGCAGAUAUCCGCGCUGCGGCUGCGGUGCUGGAGCCACUCUUGCAGCUGGCAGGCUCGCCUUCCCUUACGUGGACCACCACAUCCAGCCGGGACGGCUACACCGUCUCCGAGAUCCCCGCUGCCCCUGCGCUUGAUAUUCCGCUGAAGUGCUUUCGAACGCAAUUCGCCGUCCACGCAGACGUUGAGACGUUCGCGCAUGCGAUUGCAAGCGAAGAUGCCGCGCGAAAGUGCGAUCCGACCCUCAAGGAAAUCCGCAUCUUGAGCACCGACCACUGCAACUCGCUUCUUUACACUUCCUACGUCUCACCCGCACCGUGGCUGGUUUCACCGCGUGACUUUUGCGUAACUGCCGCCAAUGUGUUGACUUCCCCCGAUCAGCUCCGUCGUGUAUGCCCUCAGACGCUGGAAACGCUAUUUCCCGAGUACCGCAGAGGCGUGUACGGUCGCUCGAGAGAAGACGCCACCUCGCCAAGCAGCAUGGUGUUUCUUCAAAGCAGCAGGAGCACCCCAAGCCCAUUGUGUCCGCCACCGACAAGCGAGGGCACAGUCACGUACAUUCGGGGAUUUGUGCACUGUUAUGGGUACAUCGCUUGGCCGUGUGCCGGGGAGCACGGAACGCUGCAGGUUACGAAUUUCUGCUGCGUGGACGCGUGUGGGCGAGUGCCAAAGUGGCUGGUUGCUGCUGCGAUAGAUCAAAACACCGAAAAGCUGAAGCGCAUUGCGCAUCACGUCGAGGAAACAGCGCGGGAGCAGGCGUCGCCGCCACUGCCACCGCCCUUACCAACGGCCUUCGAAGAGCCUUUCAACGACGCACCCGACGCGGACGGGUCACGAGAAAGUGUGUCUCGUACACUUCCCACCCCGCCACCACCAACGACGCCAAACGAAUCUCCCUACGAUGCUGAGCUCCUCAGGGUACAGACACCGGGUACGAUGGUAUCGGCGUUCACGGAGACGCUCAGCGCAGCUACGCCGACGCUCAGCCGUCCACCUUCUGCCCUGCCAAAUGCGCCGCCUACCGAUCCAAUUCUUUUUCCAGUUCCUCCCCGCACCGCGUCGAGCAGCCCACCUGCACAGGAAAUAGAGCAGCAGCAGCAACAGCAGUUCUCUGGGGAUCAGCCGAUGCUGUUCGACACGAUGGUGCAACCACUUGCGCUAUUGGCACGUGCCCACGGCUGGCAUGCGGUGCGUGAGGUCGACAGCAUCGACUACGCAGAGCUUCGCGCUCUUCCUCCGUCGUUAACGUCGAGGGAUGGCGUGUGUGUGGCCCUCCGCGUAAGCACGACAGUGACGUGUUCACUGGACACAAUCAAAGAACUUCUACGAAAUCCCGCACGUGCCCCUGAAAUCGAUCCUGAACUGGUGCGCCUCGUCGUUGCGCCGCCGACUCCCCCGCAACUGGAACACAACAACCACCAGCCUUCCAUCGAGAGAGAAGACGGCGGGGAAGGCGCCAGCGGCACAUCACGAGCCCAGGGCUUCAAAUCAUCGACAGGGGCGUCUACUCGCGGCCGCUGUCUCAUGACUUCGUCCCAGUUGCGCCACCUGCAGUUCCGCGCGGAACCUCCGUUUCGGCACGCCUGGGACGUGCUGCUGCGCUGCACGGAAGGUGAAUUCAGUCCGCACGAAGGCGGACAGCUUGGCUUUCACACGAGUGGUGUUCCUGCUUCUACCUACGUCUGGAUGGCCAAGAGCAGCGAUGGUAGUGAGGGACGCACCGUUCACGCGCAAGGAUUCGUGCGCAUGCACCUGCGUGUGUUCGGUGUGGUGGUGGUCGCGGUCCCACGCUCAGCGGACGCCGUGCGCGUGACGCACUACCUUCUCGUAGAUACCCCGUCACUGUCGUCGUCGUCGUCGUCGCAAAACUCGUUGCCCAGGAACGAUUCCCAGUUUGCGGCGAAGGGAGCGAAGAAAGUGACGGCGAGCUUUCUGAACGCCGUCAGCGUGUGGAUGGGACAGCGCCUGUGCCGCCUGCGCAGCCAGUGUGAAGCGCAGCAGCUGAAAUGUGCGCGGGACGCCAUGGCGCCGCUGGACAAGGAGCCACUGCUGCGGUAUCUCUACCACAUACACUGCACGCAGCAGGCGGUGGCGGCUCGGCACGACACACCGCGUCGCGUGGGUGAUGUUCAGGUCAGGUGUACGGAGUUUCCAGGAAGUAACACCGAAGACAGUAGCCCUCCUGCUCGUGGAGCAGCUGUGCCGCCCCUCUACGUGUUCUCCUUGGUGUUUCCUUGCUCGCUGCGUCACUUGCAGGUGUACAUGAACUCAACGUCAUCCCACGCUCGUUACGCCAUGGACGAACGGAUCGUGUUGUAUGAGGAGGGGCCAAGUCCACCAGGCUUCCAGGCCAUCCACGUUGAGGUUACCAGCGGCGAUGACAGCCACUUGACGCCGCUCUCUUUUUCUUUUCUGGAAACCUUCGGUCUCUUGCGCGAUCAGGACGCGCCACAAAACGCACUGGUGCUCAGUCGCCUCAACUGCGAUCAACUGCAGUGCGUGGCCGACACUGACAGUAAGGAGGACGCCGUGCACACGGGACGCAUUUACUGCUCCGGCUGGGUGGCCACGCCGAUCGACCCUACCGAAGAUGGUGCAGAAGGGAUCGAUGACACGCCUUCUUCUUCUUCGCCGCCCUACGUUCCGUUUUCCGCCAGCGUUGUGCAGAGGGAAGGUGUGAUGCGACGGCUCGUCGCGAGUGCGCGAAAGCGCUUCGGUGACCCCCCGAACGUAAAGGACGACGACCACGUCCCGCAAGUCGUCCCUUCCACCGUCACACGCGGCACCGUCGUGACGCGGUACGUAUCCUUGUGCACAAGUUCUUCUUGCGGUCCAGAAGCGGCAGCACGUGCGGAACGGAACCCGCUCAUGAUGGAGAGGGAGGCGACGGUGUUACAGCGUUUUCGCGAUGCCGUCUGCGCGUGGAAGGCAGACUAG